AUGGCUAUCAGGUACCCAAUGGCUGUAGGCCUUAAUAAAGGCCAUCCAGUGACCAAGAAUGUAUCCAAGCCCAGACACUCUCGCAGGAGAGGGCGCCUGACAAAACACACCAAAUUUGUCCGUGACAUGAUACGUGAAGUAUGUGGUUUCGCCCCAUAUGAAAGACGUGCCAUGGAGUUGCUCAAAGUGUCAAAGGACAAAAGAGCUCUUAAGUUCAUCAAAAAAAGGAUUGGAACUCACAUCAGGGCUAAGAGAAAGAGAGAAGAACUCAGCAAUGUGUUGGCUGCCAUGAGAAAGGCUGCAGCCAAGAAAGAUUAA